CUCAUCUAAAUUAGAGUCCAUCAUCAGGAGAAAUGGGGUUAAUAAUUCGAAUCUUGUAGCAAUAACUGAUAUUCAUAAACAAUGACUUGAACGGAAAUAUGAUAUGCUAAACUGAAUUGAAUGUUGCAACUCCAUGAGCAGCCAUUGUCGAAGAAUUUGCAGCAAGCCCCUAUUCGACUUGAUUUUCCCAGUGCAAUCAAGAAUGCGUGUGUGAACACGUUGGAUGUAUUUGUGAGUUCAGUGUUUGAGUUCAUGGACCAACCAUUGCUACCAUCUCAGGGAAAUUUCGCUCCAGUCAGUGAAUUAGGAGAAGCUGUUAACGUCGACGGCAUUGAAGGGACAAUUCCGGAUGAUUUUCCGUCGGGCGUUUACAUUAGAAACGGGCCAAAUCCUCUCUUUGGAGGGCCAAAAUCAGCCAAAUCCGUAUUUGGACAGUCGAGUCACACUUGGAUUGAUGGAGAAGGCAUGCUUCAUGCCGUGUACAUCGACAAAGAUAGUGAUGGGAGAUGGACUGUCCACUACAACAACAGACAUGUCGAAACUGAAACAUACCAACUAGAAAAACAAAGGAACAGACCAUCCUUUUUACCCGCCAUAGAGGGUGAUCCACCGGCCAUUUUGUCAGCUUAUCUACUAAAUUUGUUGAGAUUUGGGACAGUGAACAAACUGAUUAGCAACACUAAUGUUUUUGAGCACGGAGGGAAAUUCUACUUGAUUGCAGAAAAUCACAUGCCUCAAGAGAUUGACAUUUUUACACUAGAGACUCUUGGCAAUUGGAAUGUAGAUAGAGAUUGGAAUCGACCAUUCACGAGCCAUCCAAAGAGAGCUCCAGGUACAGGAGAGUUAGUUAUAAUUGGGGUUGAUGCAGUAAAGCCUUUCAUGGAACUCGGUGUCAUCUCAGCUGAUGGGAAGAAAUUACUUCAUAAAGCUGAUCUCAAACUCGACCGAUGUAGCCUCUGCCACGAGAUUGGUGUUACUCAGAGGUACAAUGUGAUCAUGGAUUUUCCACUUACAAUAGACAUAAACCGACUCGUCAGAGGAGGACCAUUGAUACGAUUCAACAAGAAAGAGUAUGCAAGGAUUGGGAUAAUGCCUCGCUAUGGUGAUGGAAACUCCAUGCAAUGGUUUGACGUUGAAACAAACUGCACAUUUCACAUUCUGAACUGUUUUGAGGAUGGCGAUGAGGUUGUAGUGUGGGCGUGCAGGGCUCUCGAAUCAAUCAUCCCGGGCCCUGAUUUUGGGUUGGACAAAUUCCAAUGGUUCUCUAAGAGAUUCAAGCCAAUUAAAUCAAGUGAAGAAAAUGUCUCUGCAACAGCUGAAGAAGAAGAAGGGUCAUUUUUUUCGCCUGCAUAUGAAUGGAGAUUAAACAUGAAAACCGGAGAAGUUAAGGAAAGAAAUCUCACUGGGACAAAAUAUUCGAUGGACUUCCCUAUGAUCAGCAGUAACUUCACAGGCCUUAAAAACAGAUAUGGAUACACCCAAGUUGUAGAUUCCUCAGCAAGCUCAAUCUCAGGCAUGCCCAAGUAUGGUGGCCUAGCCAAGUUAUAUCUUGACCAUCCGAGAACUGGAAUUUCCUUGAAAGAGAACCGGUUCGAAGAUGCGAUCAUGUUGGAUUAUCAUGAAUUCGGAGAGAACAUCUUCUGCACUGGUGCUGCAUUUGUCCCUAAAGAAAACGGAUUUGAAGAGGACGAUGGCUGGAUAAUCACUUUCAUUCACAAUGAAUCAAUUGAUACCUCCCAAGUAUAUCUAAUCGACUGCAAGAAUUUUUCUGGCGAGCCCGUUGCCAAGAUUACACUGCCCUACCGAGUUCCAUAUGGCUUCCAUGGAACUUUUAUUUCCCAAACGAAGCAUAUUGAUCCACAGGCAUAGUAAAUUGUGCACAUAUAUGAGAAGUUGCAAAUUGUUAAAGUUACUUUAAUUGAGUUAUUUUUUUAUUUUCAGAGAUUUAUUUCUUUUUUUACUUACAUAAGGGU